GUUUCUCUCGACUACUUAUAAUGCAUGCAAUAAGCAACUUUUUCUUAAAGCACUCUUAAAACUCCCAUCUGUUGAUAGCAAAAUGAAGUCAAAGGGUAGAGCUACCAUUGAGGUUGGAGCUGAUGGAGUUGCUGUCAUCACCAUUAAUAACCCUCCUGUCAAUUCUCUUUCAUUAGAUGUUUUGUACAGCUUGAAAGAGACAUUUGAGGAAGCCUUUAGGAGAGAUGAUGUGAAGGCAAUUGUUAUUACAGGUUAUCAUGGCAAGUUCUCUGGUGGUUUUAAUAUCUCUUCCUUUGCUGACCUACAACAAGGAAAAGUGGCACAACCAAAACCUGGUUAUAUAUCUCUGGAUAUGCUCACUGACACUGUAGAAGUUUCAAAAAAACCUUUAGUAGCGGCGAUUGAUGGUCAUGCUUUGGGUGGAGGACUUGAAAUUGCAAUGUGUUGUCAUGCUCGGAUUUCCACUACGAAUGCAAAACUUGGAUUGCCAGAACUUCACCUUGGUAUAAUUCCUGGAUUUGGAGGUACUCAGAGGCUUCCACGCCUCGUGGGACUUGCUAAGUCCCUAGAAAUGAUGCUAACAGCAAAAACUGUUAAAGGGGAUGAAGCUCUUGACCUUGGCCUUGUUGAUGCUAUAGUUUCAUCGAACCAAUUAUUGGAUACUGCUCGUAAAUGGGCACUUGAUAUAUGGGAGCACAAAAGACCUUGGAAUAUUGCCAGUCUUUACAGAACUGACAAGAUGGAGUCUCUUGGUGAGGCAAGGGAAAUACUUAAGUUUGCUAGAGCUCAAGCCAUUAGAAUAGCUCCAAAUCUCUAUCAUCCCUUAGCAUACGUUGAUGUUGUUGAAGAGGGUAUAGUGUCCGGUCCACGUGCUGGACUUAUUAAGGAGUAUGAAACAUUCGAAGUUCUUAUACGUUCAGCCACUUGCAAGGCCUUAGUCCACAUUUUCUUUGCCCAACGCGGAACCAUGAGGGUUCCAGGGGUCACUGAUUUGGGGUUAGUGCCACGACACGUUAAAAAGGUUGGAAUUCUUGGAGGUGGAUUAAUGGGUUCUGGAAUUGCAACAGCAUUGCUCCUUAGCAACUAUCCUGUGAUCCUGAAAGAAGUAAAUGACAAAGUCCUAGAGGCUGGGAUUGAGAGAAUUAAAGCAAAUUUGCAAAGCCGCGUCAACAAAAGAAAAUUGAGUCAAGAGAAGUUUGAAAAAGUUCUCUUCCUACUCAUUGGUACUCUUGAUUAUGAGAGCUUCGGAGAUGUUGACAUGGUCAUUGAGGCUGUCACAGAGGACUUAUCUUUAAAGAAGCAAAUAUUUACGGAUUUAGAGAAGUACUGCCCUCCACAUUGUAUACUUGCUAGUAAUACCUCUACAAUUGACUUGAAUUUGAUUGGGGAGAAGAGAAAAUCUCCGGAUCGUAUUAUUGGAGCUCACUUUUUCAGUCCUGCUCAUGUUAUGCCACUUCUGGAAAUUGUUCGCACCCAAAAGACAUCUCCACAAGUAAUUGUAGACUUGCUUGAUGUUGGAAAGAAGAUAAAGAAAACCCCAGUAGUAGUAAGGAACUGCACUGAUUUUGCUGUCAAUAGGAUGUUCUUUCCUUGCACCCAAGCUGCUCUUUGGCUUGUCGAACAUGGAGCAGACAUAUACUGCAUCGAUAAAGCCUUCACUAAAUUUGGAAUGGCUAUGGGCCCUUUCAGGUUGUUUGAUCUUGUUGGUUUCAAUGUUGCAAUUGCUAGUGAAGCUCAAUUUGUAUCGAGCAUGCCCGACAGAAUUAAGUCAAUGCUUAUUCCACUAAUGCAACAAGAUAAAAGAUUAGGUGAAACGACUCGAAAAGGCUUCUACUUAUAUGAUGAAAGACGCAAAGCCAAUCCUGAUCCAGAAAUUAAGAAAUACAUUGAGAAGGCAAGAGAAAUUUCUGAUGUCAGCAUUGAUCCUAAGCUGGAAAAACUCUCGUACAAGGACAUCAUUGAAAUGAUUUUUUUCCCUCUAGUUAAUGAAGCAUGUAGAUUACUUGCUGAAGGCAUUGCUGUCAAAGCUUCUGAUCUUGACAUUGCUUCUGUCAUGGGCAUGGGAUUUCCUCCUUACAGGGGAGGGAUCAUAUACUGGGCAGAUACUCUUGGAUCCAAAUACAUUUGUUCAAGAUUGGAUGAGUGGGCAAGAAUUUAUGGAAACUUUUUCAAGCCAUGCGACUACCUUGCUGAAAAAGCUGCUAGGGGGUUUCCUCUGAGUGGAACGAUGGAUCCUGCAAAGUCGCGGUUAUAAAGACCAAUUAGCUUUUGAGCAAUUUUUUUCAUUUAAGAACUAUGUUGUCUGUUUACUGUGAUCUCUUGGAUGGUUGUAUGAAUAUGGUCAAUAAUAAUGUAUUAAUGGAGAAUGAAUGAAUUGUUGUAAAAUAAAAGGAAAAACAAAAAUACUAAACAAGAAAGGAAGACAAAUGGUAAUGAAUAGUAUAAUAUAGAGAGUGUUAAUUAA